AUGAUCCAGCUCAAGACGCUCAUCAAUUGCAUCGACAAUUCCGGCGCCGCCAUAGUCGAGUGUGUCAACGUCCUGCGAUCGAAGCGCCCGGCGAAAGUUGGCGAUCGCAUAGUGGUCGUGGUCAAGAAGCAGCGAAACUUCGGCCCCGAGACCGGCAGCAGCGUCUCCAUCAGCGCAGCGAGCAAGGUCCGACGCGGCGAUGUGCGACACGCGGUGGUGGUGCGGACGGCGAAGAAGUGGCAGAGACCGGACGGCAGCGUGGUCAAGUUCGACGACAACGCCUGCGUGCUGGUGAACAAGGCGGGCGAGCCCAUUGGGACGCGAGUGAGCGGCGUCGUCGCAGGCGAGCUCAGGCAGAAGCAGUGGUCAAAGAUAUUAUCGCUCGCGCCGAUGCAUGUGUAA